UCAUUGUUACUUUACAUGUUAUGUAUUGUACAUGUCCGUCAAUUGUGAUCUAUCCUACUACUACUACUAGUAGUACUUCGAUGUGACAGGUAACAUCAUUGAAUGUAACAUCUCUUUUUCCUUUCUUUCAUUUUUGUGCUUACUGAAAGACAUUUUGUUCCUCGUUGUCCAACCACAACAAAUCCCAUCAUAUAUCUCUUUGACCAACUUUGAAUAAAUCAAACAAAUCGAACAAUCCCCUAUGUCAUGUCUCUCUUUUCACCGUACCGUCCCAAGUUGGUAUUUGAGGGGGUCCAGAUCUGCCACAGAACGAGCUAGGUCCGGAUUGACCGUCGCUAAUCUCUACUCAACCACGAUCAGUGUCCCCUGGCUUGCAUUUCCCCCCCCUUUCCUGGCACUGAGGCACUGAAGGCCUAGGUAGACGAAUUAUCAGAUCUGCUUACUAUCAUCUAGGUUAGCCCACUUAGUCUUCUCCAUUCUGCUAAGUUAGUCAGAUAGGUAUUCGGACAGAAGCUUCUCUGGUAGGUAGGUCUGAUCGUCUCUAGGUAAUUUUCACUUGUUUUCACUUGAUCAAUAUCUCCCUGGUACCUUUUUCUUUUCUUUCACGAAUAUCUAGGAUAAAAUCUACGCCUACUAUGGCUUUGGAAGUGGUAGUUGACGGCAUUGUCCUUACAAUCCGCCCGGACUACGGGCGGCACUGCUGGAAAUUCAACAUUGUGUAUUCAUGCGGCCACCCCGUCACCGAGCAGACCUGUAGUCAUGUCCGCAACAAGGUCAUCCUUGUCAAGGAGAACAACCAUAGAGGACCGUGCUGGAUUCGGAACUGUAUCGUAGCAACGCAAACCCACACACUGCCAGAAAAAUGUCAUAGGUGUGAUAUGUGGGACGUCAACAACGUCGAAGGCAGGCAUUCAUGAUUCUUUUUUUUUACUCCACUACUAGGUAGCGAGCAAUGCAGCUUUCGUCCCAUAUCGGCACCGAGUAGGUAUCCAGGAUAGACCCAAGGGUACGUG